AUUGGGCCUGACCGUAGCCAAGCCCCAAGUGAAGCCAAGCCACCUGUCCCAGCUAUAAAUGCCAAUGUUGUUGUCAAAAUCCAGCCACAAAUUUGACGAACGUGCUACGAGAUGGAGCUGCUAACCGCGAAUUUGCCCACUGCUCUGCUAGCUUUGUUGCAACUGCUGCUGCUGCUGCCGCCGGCUCAGCUGCAACACUACUUUCCACACAGGCAGCUGCACUACUACGAUGCACCGCCUCGUCUGCGCCGCUUGGAGUAUGUCGCCGCGCCCUUUGUGGGCGGCUAUGUGACGCCACCGGCCACACACUACCAGCUACAGCCGCCCAACUUCCAAUUGCUCAACUAUCGGCCCAGCUAUCAGUCCCUGGCCUUGGAGUAUCAGCAACAGCAGCCACCUGCACCACAGCCAGCAACUGCAGUGCCCGCAAUCUAUCCACAGCCGAGCGUGCAGUACUUGCAACGUUCUGCGGCACCACAUGCUGAGCUGGCCAAAUAUCGCUACGAGGGCAACUACAUGCCCGUGCAGCAGCGCGUGGCAGUAGCGCCAGCGCCAGCGCCUCAUCGACAGCCACAGGCACAGCCACAGCUGCAGCAACGUCUAGAGGAUCAGCUGUACAAUGUGCCGCCGGUUCUGUUCACAAGCGAUGUGUUGCAUGUGGUGCCCUCUCGAGCUGCAACAGCUCUGCAACAGCAGCAGCAACAGCAGCAACAUCUACAGCAGCAGCAACAGCAGCAGCAACAACUGGGCGCUCAGCGUUCUCGUCGCUUUGUGUCCAAGCAGGAUGCGGAUGCUGUGGCUGCAGAGUCUAAAGCAGAUAGUGAACGACCCACAAAGGAAACCAAAUAUUUUCAUGAUAUUUUCAUGAGAUUUGAUGGACCCAACGCGCGCAGUCAUGGCCAUGUGCUGGAGCAUCCCAAAGCGCGCGAGCGACGUUUCGAGACACAACGCGGCACAAAUCGUUACAAGGGCGAGGUGAUUUGGACGGAUCGUCGUGGUGCUCAUGGCGAGCAUCGCUGGGACAUGGCGCAGGGCAAGCUCUGAGCUGUAUAUCAAAUGCCUUAACUCUAUGCCACUUCCUCUUUC